GGGCGAGCGGGGCAAGUGAACUUGCAGCGGAGAGGUAUGUAAAAUACUGACUCCAAAGCGACGUUGUACUGUGCCACCCAAAUUAAAAAACAAAUAAAUUAGCAAUAAAAUAAAUUAGCUAUUUUUUUCAUGUAGCCUAUUUGUUUCGUACGUAUAGCUAUGUAUUUAUUGCUCUCAUGGAGCCGUUUCCAGUUUGAUUCGUGUCUCAUUCUGUAUAUCAUUUUCUAGAGUUUUAGUAAUUAAAUUGCUAUUAGUGUUUUUGCAUUCUGUUGGUUCACAGGGGAAUAAUAUAACGCGGAUCAAUUUUAAGGUUACCCAGUUUUACACGGCGCAAACAACAGGGUAAGGUGCGCUGAGAGCGAACACGCGCCAGACCCCGGAGGACCUGGGCUACAGUGUGUUUUACGGAGCGACGGGAAGAAGUUUUGGGGUCAUUUCGGAACACGGGAAGCUUGAACGAAAUGCCAAGCGUGGCGCAUGUCGCUGUCUCUCUGGGGUUCCUGGGCCUGCUCAGAUUUUUUGGGGCACCCUGGUCCUGGAGUCUGGCCGCCGGCGUGGGGGUGUACCUGGGGACGGGGUACUGGCGCUACUUUUACGUGGCGGUUCGCACCAUCAGGAGAGACGCCAAUGGUCUGUGCGUGUUCCUGCGCGUGAAGUGGGAGAUCCAGCGCCACCUGCGCAUCGGCAGCACCAUCCCUUCCAUCUUCGCCCAGACGGUGGCGCUACACCCCGACAAGCCGGCGCUGGUGUACGAGGCCACGGGGGAGAGCUGGAGCUUCUCCCAGCUGGACCAACUGUCCAACGCGGUGGCCCACUGGGCGCUGGGCCAGGGCUGGGCCGCGGGCGACGUGGUGGCCCUCUACCUGGAGAGUCGCCCCCUGGUGGUGGCCCUCUGGCUGGGCCUGGCCAAGGUGGGCGUGGAGGCGGCGCUCAUCAACUUCAACCUGCGCCGCGAUUCGCUGGUGCACUGCCUGGAGGAUUCCCGCUCGCGCGCGAUCGUCUUCGGAGCGGAGCUGGCUGAUGCUGUGGCAGAAGUGAGUGGCUCUCUCCCCGGGUCCAUGCUCAGAUUCUGCUCAGGGGACCUGGAUCUGGAUCGCCUGGCUUCCCUAAAGGCCCGCCCCCUGGACCCUCUGCUGAGCUCCGCCUCCCGCCUGGCCCCUCCCACCUCCGACGUCACUAAGGGAUUCAACGACAGGCUGUUCUACAUCUACACCUCCGGCACCACAGGACUCCCCAAGGCUGCCAUCGUCGUCCACAGCCGGUACUAUCGCAUCGUGGCGUUUGGGCACCACGGCUUCCGCAUGCGCCAUGAUGACAUCAUCUACAACUGCUUGCCUCUGUACCAUACUGCAGGGAACAUCAUGGGAGUGGGCCAGUGUCUGAUUUACGGCCUGACGGUGGUGGUGAAGAAGAAGUUCUCCGCCAGUCAGUUUUGGGAUGACUGCAUCAAUUACAACUGCACGGUGGUGCAGUACAUCGGCGAGAUCUGCCGCUACCUGCUGGCGCAGCCGGCGCGGGCCUCGGAGACGGGCCACCGCGUGCGGCUGGCGGUGGGGAACGGGCUCCGGCCCAGCGUGUGGGAGGCCUUCACCCAGCGCUUCCGGGUCGCGCGGGUCGGCGAGUUCUACGGGGCCACCGAGUGCAACUGCAGCAUCGCCAACUUGGACGGCAAGGUCGGGGCAUGUGGGUUCAACAGCCGCAUCUUCCCGAACAUAUACCCCAUCCUCCUGGUGCGUGUGGAGGAAGAGACCAUGGAGCUGGUCCGGGAUGGGGCGGGGCUGUGUGUUCCCUGCCAGCCUGGGGAGCCGGGGCUUCUGGUUGGCCAGAUUGACCAGCGGGACCCCCUGCGGAGAUUUGACGGGUACGCCAGCCAGGACGCCACCAGCAAGAAGAUCGCCCACAACAUCUUCAGGAAGGGAGACUCCGCCUACCUCUCUGGUGAUGUGCUGGUAAUGGAUGAGUUGGGGUACAUGUAUUUUCGGGACCGCAGUGGGGACACGUUUCGCUGGAGGGGGGAGAACGUCUCCACCACGGAGGUAGAGGGGACCCUCAGCACACUGCUGGGGCAGACCGACGUGGCUGUGUAUGGAGUACCUGUCCCAGGUGUGGAGGGAAAGGCGGGUAUGGCGGCCAUAGCUGACGGGACAGGGAAGUUCGACUGCGACUCGUUUUUGCGGGAGGUGCAGAAGGCCCUGCCCCCCUACGCCCGACCCAUCUUCCUGCGCAUCUGUCACCAGGUGGACACCACAGGCACCUUUAAGAUCCAGAAGACCAGAUUACGGAGGGAGGGGUUUGACCCACGUCGCUGCCAUGACCCCGUCUACUUCCUGAACGGCCCGGCUGGCCGUUACAAGGUCUUGGACGAGGAGCUGCACAAGGCCAUCGUGGAGGGAAGGGUGCCUCUAUGAGACGGACAGACGGACGGACCGACGGCGGGGGAAAGGGAGGAUGUGGACGGACAGAUAUCGGGAAAUCGGGAUGUCGGGAAUAGCUGGAUAUCUCUGCGUGGGUUCUCCCGUGUGCAGUGUGCUGCGGUGUGACGUGGCAGAUACGCACGGCUGAGGGAUGGGCUAGUCCGCGAUCCGCGGAGGACUUCGGCGCUAGUGACGUUGCGAUUUGUUUUUGGAAAACUACCCCAGGGAGAAGAGAGAGGAGAAGAAGAAGAAGAAGAAGAGGGGGACAGGAGAGAGAGGGAGGGAAGAGGAGGAAGAGAUAGGAAGGGGAAAAAGGUGGAGCUGAGGGGGGUUUUUGGUGCUAACUUUAGUCAGUGACUGUUACCAUGACAGCAAGAUGAUGACAGAGGAAGAGUUACUGAGAGCUCUACACUUGGACUGGAACUCUGGGGAGAACUUUGUAGAAACACUGUUUUAUGCUUUAUUUUAUUUUUUGGAAGAGAAAUUAGACUAGGUGCAGGAGGGUCCGUGACAUCACAUCCACCAGGGGGCGCCUCGCUUUGUGGCUGCUGUGUGCUGCCUGAGCAAAGGAAAUCACAGCGUUGGCAGUAAUUUACACUAAUUGCAUUUACACUGGGUUUACACCUUUCACGGGCUGUGCAAGAGUAUAAAUGAGGCCGCCCGAACAGGGACUUGAACCCUGGACCCUCAGAUUAAAAGUCUGAUGCUCUACCGACUGAGCUAUCCGGGCUCUGUGGUGCAGAACCUACAGGGCAACAGCAUAGUCGAACAGAACGAACGCCAGUCUUGCCUACUUCUUUCAUAUUUCCUGUUUUGUUUAAAGUGUCUUUGUAACAGUGUAAAAAAGCAUUAUGCAAAUACAUUUUUAAUUGAACUGACAGCAUGUUUUUUGGUUUGUUCUAUGUUGUUGAUUUUGUAAAGCCUCACUCUCUCUCUGUACUUGUGCAGCCACCCUAGCAGUAGAGCUUGCGUCUCUAACUGAUUCUAUGGCAACAGCUGGUAGAUGUGUGUAGGCCUGCCUAGUGGGAAGAUUGUAGGUGUGUGUUGAUAUUUGUUGACGUAGGCGUGCGUGUGUACAAGGCAUAUAGGGGUGCGAACACGAGUGAGUUCAAGAGCGUACACAAGUAAACAUAUCAGUGUAUUUACGCUGAAUGCUACAGCAUUUAAACUGUUGUACAAUGGAGCAAAUUCAGACAUUUACGUGAAAUAUUUAAUAUAUUCAGGAAACAUUCAGUAAAUGUUUCCAUACAUAAAUGCUUGUUUUCAUACCCUUGGGAGGGAAGAGGAGGAAGAGGUAGGAAGGGGAAAAAGGUGGAGCUGAGGGGGGUUUUUGGUGCUAACUUUAGUCAGUGACUGUUACCAUGACAGCAAGAUGAUGACAGAGGAAGAGUUACUGAGAGCUCUACACUUGGACUGGAACUCUGGGGAGAACUUUGUAAAAACACUGUUUCAUGCUUUAUUUGGAAGAGAAAUUAGACUAGGUGCAGGAGGGUCCGUGACAUCACAUCCACCAGGGGGCGCCUGGCUUUGUGGCUGCUGUGUGCUGCCUGGGUGGCCUGAGCAAAGGAAAUCACAGUGUUGGCAGUAAUUUACACUAAUUGCAUUUACACUGGGUUUGCACCUUUCACGGGCAGUGCAAGAGUAUAAAUGAGGCCGCCCGAACAGGGACUUGAACCCUGGACCCUCAGAUUAAAAGUCUGAUGCUCUACCGACUGAGCUAUCCGGGCUCUGUGGUGCAAAGCCUACAGGGCAACAGCAUAGCCGAACAGAACGAACGCCAGUCUUGCCUACUUCUUUCAUAUUUCCUGUUUUGUUUAAAGUGUCUUUGUAACAGUGUCUCUGUAAAAAAAGCAUUAUGCAAAUACAUUUUUAAUUGAACUGACA